AUGAGACGACGUCGUCUCAGUGAAAACCUAAAACAAACAAAGUCGUGCUCUCUUCGUCUUCCUCGUGCAGCAGAGCCUCACGGACGACGACGCUUCUUCAUCUUCCUCACCGACGACGCCUCAGACUUCUCGCGGCAGCGCCGUUUCGGGACCGUAUAUCGGACGAUACGUAUCACACGCGUAUCGCCGUAUCCAAUACAAGCAUACCCCUCAAGACUGCCGUAUCGGUGCAACACAGGGCAAACCCAAUCCUAUUUCACUCAGAUAAUUAAAAUGAAGAAACCACGAAGCACAAUCUGCACAUCAAGAAAAAUAAAGUUCGAAGAACCUGAAUCUUCUUCUUCAUCCGAAGAUGAAGAGGAGAUAGAGCAGGAGCUUGCAGAUGUGACAUUUGGAGAACUGCAAAAGGCACGCUCAAACGGGUCACAUUUAGUGCACCCAAAGCCCAAAGAAGAGAAGAAGGGUGGCCGGGUGAACAAGAACCGGCCAAUGGAGGUUAGUUGCAAGAAGCCCGUUACAAGAUUUCGAGAGAUCAUUCAAGGUUCAAAAAAGGUGGUACGUGACCCACGUUUUGAAUCUUUAUGUGGAACACUGGAUGUUGAUGGGUUUAGGAAGAGAUAUGACUUUCUAUUUGCAAACGAGCUUCCUGCCGAGAGAGAGGAACUGCAGAAGCAAGUGAAGAAAUCCAAGGACCCAGAAGUCAUUGAAGAACUAAAGAAACACAUAUCUUGGAUCGAUAAACAGCUCAAAUCUGAGUCAGCCAAGCGCACUGAAGCUGCAAUACUGGCCGAGUACAAGCAAAAAGAGAGAGAAGCAGCAAAGCAAGGGAAACAACCCUUUUUUCUUAAGAAAUCUGAGAUCCGAAAGAAACGACUUAUGGAAAAGUAUAAACAACUCAAGGGAUCUGGCAAGCUUGAAGCCUUCAUUGAGAAAAGGCGCAGGAAGAAUGCUGCAAAGGACCACAGAUUCAUGCCAUACCGUAGGCCUGACAACACUGAGCAACAAAUUUAA